AUGAAAUCCUUCGACAUGGGUUACCAACACUCCCACCGCGACUCCCUGGCCGAGUUGUCAACGACUUCCCAAUCUGAAUGUGGCAUAUCAGGAACCGAGGUGGACUGGCCGUUCGGGAAAGUCGAGGGGGUGGACCAAGACGAUUUGAGACAGACGGCAUACGAGAUUUUCUUUACGGCGUGCCGCUCGUCUCCAGGGUUUGGAGGGAAGAGCCCGUUAACGUACUACAACACUUCAACACAUGAGAACGGGGAUGUGGGAGUGGGAGGAGUAGGUGGUGGCGUUGGAGCAGAGACGAGAGCUAAUUGGUCAAAUUUGAUGGGGACGAGUAGGAUAAAGAGGGCACUUGGGUUGAGGUCGGCGAAGCGGGUGUGGCAGAGGAGGAAUGGUGGAUCAAAUCAGUUUUCACCCAGAAGUAUGGGAUCCCCAAGAUCGUGCACGGGGUUUGGCUCUAGUAGCCAUGCUUAUUUUAAUACAACACCACCGUUAAGGAUGAAGCGGCCAUUGACGUCUGCGGAGAUCAUGAGGCAGCAAAUGAAGGUGUCAGAGCAGAGCGACAACAGGCUUAGGAAAACCCUCAUGAGGACCCUUGUUGGCCAGAUGGGUAGGCGAUCUGAGACAAUCAUCCUGCCUCUUGAGCUCCUCCGCCACCUAAAGCCAUCUGAAUUCAAUGAUGCUCAUGAGUAUCAUCUCUGGCAGAAGCGUCAAUUCAAGAUUCUUGAAGCGGGUCUCCUCAUCCAUCCUUUAAUCCCAUUAGACCUAUCAAACACUUACGCAGUGCAACUCCAGGAUAUCAUUCGAGAGAGUGAAACCAAACCUUUGGACACCGGAAAAAACUCUGAAAUCAUGCGAACAUUAUACAGCAGUGUUGUUUCAUUAUCAAUGCGUGGUGCUAAUGCAUCGCCGGCAGGUGCGUGCCACUGGGCAGAUGGUUACCCCAUUAACAUCCACCUCUACGUCGCUCUUCUCCAUUCAAUAUUCGACCUCAGGGAUGAGACAGUGGUCCUUGAUGAGGUCGAUGAAUUGCUUGAGCUAAUGAAGAAGACAUGGUCUACAUUAGGAAUCAACAAGUCAAUACAUGAUGUCUGCUUUGCAUGGACCCUCUUUCAACAGUAUCUCACAACAGCACAGACAGAAGUAGACCUUCUAUCUGCUGCUGUUACUAUGUUGGCUGAAGUGGCAAAUGAUGCCCAGAGAGAUCAUGGAGAUGUUAUAUACAUGAAGAUCUUGUCAGCGGCAUUAUCUUCGAUGCAUGUUUGGUCGGAGAAGAAAUUGCUUGAUUAUCAUGAAACCUUUCAGAAGGUGACAAUGGGAGUGAUGGAAAACCUUCUCCCUCUUGCACAAUCUGUGACAAAGAUAUUGGAGGAAGAUGUUGGAAUCCUAUCAGCAAUGGCGCCGGAGAAAGCGGAUACUUUUCUAGGUUCCACGGAGGAUAAGGUGGAUUAUUACAUUAGAUCGUCUCUGAGAAAUGCUUUCGCUAAGAUGGUAGAAAAUGGGAAUAUUGUCGAUAACAUGACUGCUGGAGUAGAAGAUACAACUGAAGCUUUUCUUCAAUUAGCUAAACAAACAGAAGAUUUAGCCAUGACGGAGAAGAAGACGUUUAGUCCCAUACUCAAGAAAUGGCACCCCUUUGCAGCAGCAAUUGCAGCGGUAACCCUUCAUGAAUGUUAUGGGACCGUUUUGAAACAAUACUUGUCUGGGGUUUCUACCCUCACAAAUGAGGCUAUUAUUGUCUUGCAAAGAGCUGGAAAGCUAGAGAAGUUUCUGGUUCCGAUGAUUGUCGAGAACUCUGACGAUUGUGAUGGAGGUAAAACGAUAGCAAAGGAAAUGGUUCCAUAUGAAGUUGACUCUAUUAUCUUGAGCCUCUUAAAAAGUUGGAUUGAUGAUAGGUUAAAAAGUGGGAGGGAGCUUCUUGAAAGAGCCAAAGAAACUGAGACAUGGAAUCCAAUGUCCAAAACAGAGCCAUAUGCGCAUUCUGCUGUGGAUCUAAUAAAGCUAGCCAUGCAAACUGUAGAUGACUUCUUCAAGAUCCCGGUUGGAAUAUCUAAUGAUAUGGUUCAGGAUCUCUCUAAUGGCCUAGAGCUUGUCUUCCAAGACUAUAUUACAUUUGUUGCAACAUGUGGAUCGAAGCAGAGUUAUAUCCCUUCACUUCCUCCUCUUACGAGAUGUAGUCGAAGCUCUACAUUUCAUAAGUUUUUGAUGAAGGCAGCCUCUUGCAAAUAUGGAGCAGAGUUUUCAGAGCAAGGUAGAUUCCCAAAUAGUCAGAAUCCUCGACCAUCCACAAGCCGUGGAACACAACGACUGUACAUUCGUCUUAAUACCCUCCAUUACCUUCUCACCCACAUCCAUUCCCUUGAUAAGACAAUUUUCCUCUCCCCUCGUCCAGCUAUGUCCUCACCUCACACCCGGGUGGCCAGCGUUAGGCGAAACGUUUCCACAACACCAGCCUACUUUGAUCUUGCUCGGUCAUCCAUCCAAACAGCCACCCAGCAUGUUUCAGAGGUGGCUGCUUAUCGUCUUAUUUUCCUAGAUUCAAGUUCUGUAUUCUAUGAAAGCCUCUAUGUGGGUGGUGCGGAAAAUUCUCGCAUACGCCCUGCACUGCGCAUCCUUAAGCAGAACCUAACCCUCCUGUCUGCAAUACUCAUUGAUCGAGCUCAAUCUUUAGCCAUAAAAGAAGUGAUGAGAGCCUCCUUUGAGGCCUACCUUAUGGUGUUACUUGCUGGGGGAAACGCCCGAGUGUUCUCCAAAUCAGACCAUGAAAUGAUAGAGGAGGACUUUGAGAGUCUCAAGCGUGUGUUUACAAGCGGAGAGGGCUUGGUAGUCGAGGACGUAGUGGAUAGGGAAGCAGAGACUGUGGAGGGGGUGGUGGCUCUCAUGGGUCAGUCUACAGAGCAACUGGUCGAAGACUUCAGUAUUAUAGCAUGUGAAGCAAGCGGAAUGGGGGUUGUUAGAUCAGGGAAGAAGCUACCAAUGCCUCCAACCACAGGAAGGUGGAAUAGAGCAGACCCCAAUACAAUUUUGAGGGUGUUAUGCCAUAGGAAUGAUGGCAUAGCUAAUCGGUUCCUGAAGAGGACAUUUCAAUUGGCAAAAAGGAGAUGA